UCUUUAUAUGCUUUAUAAAAGUAGUGUUCAUUUAAAUCAGAGAAUAAGUGUAAUUUUUGCUUCAAAAUUGUACAUUUCCUUUUUCACCCAGAAUGCGACACAUUUUUAUUUACAUGUGUUUCUUAUUAGGUAUAUAUGCUAAGAAAGGUCCAGACUUAUGUGAUAAAUAUCAGAGAUGUCUUGAAGAACUGAAAGCGUUCACACAGGUUGACGUAUUCUACAUUUACAAUUCACUAGAAGAAUCUCUGGAAGCAUGUAGCGCAGCAAAGGAUGCAUAUUUAUGUGUAGCAUCUGCUCCUAAGAAGUGCAAAAAGUCUUAUGACAAGGAAGACGUCAGGCUGAGUCCUGUAUUUAAGGGAAGUUUGUAUUUGCUUCGAGAUUUUUGCGGAUUCCGUUCCAGAAGAAGACCUUGCUGCGCCUUAAGGACGAGUUACCUGGAACAUAAAAGCUGUUACAAACGUGUACGGAAGCAACUGAAUGAGUGCAACGACAAAUACAGAACGUCUUUGGAGCUGAUUAUGGGAAUGCAGCACUUACAGGAGCAAAAGGAAGAAAGAUACUGUUCCAUGAGGUGGUUUUCCAAAUGCGUAAAAAAGGCGACAAUGCAACUUUGCGGCAGACCUGCAGCUAAAAUUAUGAAAGCUUAUGCAACGAAAGUGGGAAUGCACCAUAGAUCGUUAUAUCAAAAGAAUAAGGGAUGCAGUACACAAUUAUUUGGAUAUCAGAAAAUAUCUGAAUCCUUGUGUCAGCAAAAUAAUUUUGACAGGUGCUAUGCUCAUCUGCAUUUUAGUCAUGAACCUGCUCUUAGUGACGAUCAGAUGACAGAAGGAGAAGAAUUUCUAGCCGUUUGUAGACGCAUACAUGAUUCCUUCGAAUGCCUAACAAGGACAUUUAAAAGAUGUUUGUAUAACACUCAACGUCAGAGAUUCGAGAAAAUGAUUGAUGAUGAUAUGCUGGAAAGAAACUAUGCUUGUCCUGUGGACACAAAAGUAGCAGACGAUUACCAAAGCCGAUCUCACUGCUUAUCCGAAAUCAAACCUCAGAUGCUGCAGUGCAAGCAAGUGCUCGAGAAUCCGACCCUGUAUACAAACCAUACGCUUCCUUUUGAAUUCUACAAUCGUUUCUUUUGUCAAUUCAUCUACUCUCUGGCUGAUUGCGUGGAAGGCACAGCAAGCAAAAGCUGUGGUAGGAAGGCUAAAUCUGUCGUUCACAAGGUCAUUCAAAUGGCUGCUUCUAAUUUAUUAUUAAAAUGCAUGAGUUAAAAAAAAUUAUUUUCUGUUUAAAAUAUUUCUUAGAAGAGGGAAAACCAAGAACCUCAUUUCAUUAUUUGUACAUGAAGAAACUGUUAUUGUUAUUUGUUCAAAGUGCAUUGAAAUGUGCUUUCGUAUGAAAUAAACAAUCAUAAAAUA